AUGACUUUAUUCGCCUUGAUGCGCAGGCUGCCACUGCCAGCUGGAUAUAUUGACAUGUUUAGGAAUGGGCGCGGAACCGUGGAAUCAGUUUGGCCGCUCCGAGGGAGCUAUCGUAACCACGGCCAGGGGACUGUAGGCGGUCGGGUUCCCCUGGAGGCACACAUUAUGAGCAAAUGCCCCGAUGCUAGCUACUGUCUUGAUAAACUUAUUGUCCCAGCUAUGGCUCAAGUGUAUCAUAAAGUUGAUUUCCGAUUGUCCUUUAUAGGAAGGGCGUCGAAUGAAUCCUCAGAUGUAAUGUGCAUGCACGGACCGGAGGAGUGUCUUGGUGACAUGAUUAUUCUUUGCGCCGCUCACCUCCCGUUCCCUCCCAGCUCAGAGGCGUAUAAUAAUACAACGCCGGUCGUGCGCUCGCUUGGUUUUGCCAACUGCUUGUUAUCUUCGUAUCAGAAGAUACCUGAGCGAGCAUUGGUUGAAAGCUGCGCUCUGGAGUUCGGCAUUGACUUCAACGCUCUCAAUGCCUGCCUCAGUCGCCAAGCCGAUGAAGAGGACACCAAACGUAUCGGCGUCCACGAUUCGGGUGAAGCCAGCGGCCUUGCGCUGCUCAGGUCCGAUUUCAUUCGCAAUGCUGCGCUGGGGAUCCAAACGAGUUGUACCGUUCGCGUCAAUAAGAAAACGUGGUGUAUUCGUGACGGUGGUCAGUGGAAAGAUUGCCAAUCGCGUGGAGGCGAGGUCUCCUCGCUUGUUGAAGAAAUCAACAGUCUUUAUAACAACGGCUCGGAAACAUUGAUAAGACAGUCGGGGUAA